CAUUGUAAUUGAUAAGAUGGAUUUGUCAGUAAUCACAUAUAAUAGAGGACCUCUAACUAUAAAUUUCAGUUAUUUUAAAAUAUAAAUACGUUGCAAUAUCAAGUACUAACGUUUGGCAAGAAGUGUUUAUGAAUAAUGCUGGACGUGACACACAACUUGGAUUGAGUGGAAAUGCAGCUUUUUCUAACGUCUGAGGAUCUGAAUCAAUGAACGGAUGGAUAAAAUUCAUUGUAAAAUAAAUAUACAGGAAUAAAAAUGAUUUGUAACUUAAUUUUUAGCAACAAAUUAGGAUCUAGAAUUUUCACUCCCCGCACAUUGGGUCGAUUUAAGCGACAUUCACAUAUCUCGCUGCACUGGGCUUGCACUUCAAUGUCUGGAUACGCUCUAUCUCAGCUCAAGAAUUAAAAAAAUAAUAUAUUACGUUUUGGAUCUUCAAAGGUAUAAGCACAACGAUUAAAGUUAUUUAUAGUCUUCGGAGAAUCCAUAUCAAAACCGAAAGUAACCACAAUGAAUAUACCCGAAAGAUAGAAUGAGGUGACAAAAGUGGAGGAAGAAUGGAUUGGAAAAUGCCAUGUUAUUCACUUUACUUUCAUGAGGAGAAGACAAGAAAGAACUGAUUGGAAGCAAGAGUAAAUAUACAUCUCUAUAGGAUGACGAGGAAUGGAUCAGGGGUGAGAGAGAAAAGACAAAAAUCCAACAAGUGUAGGGGAGAGCUCUUUUAACAACUCGUCACGUAAACGUACGGAUUCCUUAGUCAGGAACAUUUCCGAGGAAACUGUCGUUAAAGAUGUCUUCCAGUGCUGAAACAUCACAACUAACAACGAAAAAGAAAGUUAACUUUGCUCGCUUAUCCCGCAUUGUUAUUGAUCUAUUUGCACGGAUUAUGAGGGAUAUCCUUCUCUCCUAUUACCCACGUCCUGAAGAUUUACAGAGAAAAAUAAAAGACAUCCACCUGGAGCGUAAAUUCAAAAAUUAUAUGGAUCGAGUGUUGGAAGGUAGUGAGUAUGAAAAAUGUGACGUUUCCUUACUUCACAAACUGAUCAGGUCGGCAUGCCGUAUUAUACCACCAACGCGAAGGGGAUGGGGUGGAGAUAAAAUUCCAGCCCGAGAAUGCACAACAUUAGGUGAUGACCUGGAAAGAAUGAGAAUCAUACGAAACAAAGUAUGUGCUCACAUUCACAGCACAGAAGUAGAAAAGAGUUUGUUCGAAAAGUACUUGAGCAUAUCCCGGGGCAUAUGUGAGAGACUGAGAGGAGACUACGGCACAAAAGACUAUGUUAAAGAACUGGAAACCAUACAACACUGUAGAAUGGAAGAGGACAUGCUCGUUAUAUUGACAGAGAGUGUCAAGGAAGACAUUGAAAGGAAUGAAGAGUUGCUGGAUUACGUCAUCGAAGAUUCAAAAAAAAUCAAUGUCAUCAGUGAGACAGUGAACGAAUUACUGGAGGAGGUGAAAAAAUUAAAUGAACACAACGCAAAAUCAGAACCCGUUUUCAGCCGAAACAGUGAGGGCAAGAUAACAUCUCUGACCGAUAAUGGUUGGAAGGUGAUCAAAAGGAACUCAGAGACAGAACCAGAACAAGCAAACCUGGAAAUGAGUGAGGAAACCAGACACAUUAUAGAUGCAAUAAUAACAAACCUUUGCGGAAACGAAGAUGGGAUGAAUUUACAAAGGUUAGAAAUACAUUUUCGGGAUAUAUUUCGUGAUUCAUUCAGAUCCAAAGUCGGAACUAAACUACUUCAAUAUCUGAUAAAGAACGAUAACCAAUUUACAGUGAACCAUAUUAAAGGUGGUCAAUGGAAAGUGUACUUAGCUGGGUGUAAGUCAUGCAAGAAGAGAACAAUGCAAAGGAAGAAAAAACACCAAAGAGAUCAGCAGAUCAGAAAACCAAUGCAAGUUGAAGAAUUCGAUAUAAAGCAUUUUUAUCCUUAUCGGGAAUUCCAAAACGACGAAACCGAUAAAAUAGAUGUGCAAGCUGAGGUUUCUGCAGAUCCCAAGGGACAGGAUCCCAAAAUUUACUCAAAUCAGGAAUUACAAUCCUACGAUUCUUCAACAGACCUUCAAGGUGAUGAUAGAAAUUGGGACGAUGAUGAGAUUGAUCUCACACUUACAGAGGAAAUGUUCUUUGUAGAGGAAGAGAAACCCUUGCAUUUAUCUGGUGAUCAAAAACAAGUGACAAGUGUUCGCCCAACUGACAUUCGUGAAGGUGUCAACUCCUACAAUCUUACAAAAGGAAACGUUCCUGUAAACUACUGGACGAAUGAAGAAAGGAAAGAACUUAGAAAAGAAAUUCAGUGUAAACCCGUUUCGUCUAAAUCACAAGCAGUAAAAUACUCAAAAGAAAACACCAAAGCACAAAUAUCAAAUGAAUAUCAAUCGAAAAUGUUGAAAAAGCAAGCCAUAAAUGACCAAACAGUGUCUCCACUAUCCUCAGAAGAAGUAUCACGAUCAUUAACUCAAUUUUUAGAAAAGGUCCACAAUUUUGAAAGAAGCUCGGAGUCAUUUGCUCUUGUGGUAGGGAAAACAGAUGUUUUACCGAAAAUUGAGUCCCUAGCUCUUAUACCAUGGUUAUGUGUGUUUGAUUUUGACAUGUUUAGUCGGGAAGAUGGGUUAAUGUCAGUGCUUGAGGGUCAUAUAAGAACGGUUCAUCCUUGCACCUUGAAAGAUUGUCCCCGAUUUUCGUUUUCGUAUACUUACUGGUGCCAGUUGAGAGGAGACUCGCAAGUCCCAGAUACAUGCAUAAAAUCCAAUGUUAAAUCUUGGAUUAAGCUGGUAAAAUCGGAUCUAGAAGAACAUCUAGAAACUCUAUCUCGGUAUAUUUCAAAUAACACUAUUAUGAAAGUUAUACUUUUAUGGCCUGAAAAUGAUGAAGAUAUGCGAUUUAUCCAUCGGUUUUUGUUAAGAAUGGAGGAAAUCGUUGACCCGUCGCCAGACAUUUUUGUGAUAUAUCCCAAUCUGCAGUGUGAAUCCCUAUACAUGAGCCAGAUCGAUCCAACAUUUAAAUUACAAGUCCCUCUAAAACAAUUUUACUCUUUUUUGAAGACAAAUUUGAAAUAUGACAUGCCAAGAAGACCGGUUAGAUACAGUUUGCCAACUUACGACAAAUCCAAUGAUCCAGGUAUUGAUGAUUUUACUGCUUCUCAUUUACAGGAAGAUUUGAACAUUCUCUAUCUUCACGAUGUACAAAGGUCGCGUUAUGAUGUUUACGAUAUUAAAGAAGAAGGAGAGAAUUUCUUGCGGGGAAGGACUCUUAGUUGGUUUGUGUACUAUGAAGACGAUGCUUGUUAUUUUGAUGUGAAAAGAGAUGAAAUGGAUACAAUUCUUCAUGACAUCAGAAGAGCGUACAUAAGUCGAUCACUAUCAGCAAUUGUGAAAGUGUAUCAUUCUCCUGGAGCUGGAGGUACGACACUUUCACAGCGCAUUUUGUGGGAACUACAUAAAGAAAUACCAUGUGUACAAGUUAAAUCCAAUUUUCAGUCAACAACUUCUGACAUUGCAGAGCAUAUCAAAUUGCUUUUCGAGAAAACACGCCUCCCCAUUCUGAUUUUGCUGGAUGGACGAGAAGAUCCGGAAGUUAUGCAUUUGUACAAACAACUUAGGCUACAGUCAAUUAAUGUUAUCAUUGUACACGUUAAAAGACUUCGACAAGAACUGAAGGACAAAAUGCGGGAAACGGGAAAAUACUGGAUGGAAGGACAUGUGUCAAAGCGCGAAGCCAAACAGUUUUACAUGCGAUACUUUAAUUUCUGCGAUACAGAAGAAAAGAGACAGAAUCUAGAGACAAUUGCAGACGAUGUAGCAAGCGGCGAACUUCACCAAGUUUACGAAUUCGGUUUAACAACAUUUGCAUACGAAUAUAAAGGCGUUGAUGCAUAUGUUAAAGGUUACUUGCAGCUACGCGAAGAGGACGGACUUGAUGCAACCCAGAAAUUGCUUGGAUAUUUGUCACUUAUCUAUUUCUAUGGCCAGAUGUCAGUUCCCUGCGAGUUGUUUUCGAAACUCCUUAAUAAACAAGGACUAACUUUUGAUGAUCUGCCCUUUGUGGUACGCCAGUUGGUUGUAAAAAGUAGCAAUCAUCAACACGUCGGAUUUAUAAGAAUAUGUCACCAAAUUGUAGCCAAGGAAAUACUCGAACAAAUACUUACAAGGAAUGUUCAAAGACCCGAGAAGCCUUCAAGUCAAAAUUUAAGUGAAGACGCAUGCAGAAACCUGGCGGAUUUUGGUUUUGAAUUCAUCAAAGAUAUGAUGGCAAAGUAUGAUCGGAAGAUAAAUUGGAGCAAAAACAUCAUUGUUGAAAUUAUAACUAAAACUUUUGUUCAUAGAGAUGCACAAGAGAUUGAUGAAUACACCUGUCGAAAACCGAAGUUUUCAGGAAUUUUUAUGGAUAUUGAAAAACAUACCUCAAAACAUGGUCGAAUUCGAAUAAUGGAAAAGAUAACAUCUUGUUUCCCACAAAAUCCGAAUUUCCACGCCCAUCUCGGACGCAUGUAUACUCUGUAUUUUCCCGGGGAAGAUGACAUGGCAGAGAAACAUUUUAAAAAAGCAGUAUCGCUGUGUGAAAAAGAAUACAGAGGUAAAAGGAAAGAAAGCAGUUGUGCUUUCAAAGAACGCACUACCCAUUCAACGGUGUAUCAUAUGUAUGGCAUGCAUUUUUAUUACAGAAUAAGAAGGGCAGCAAAAGAUUCUGAUGAAGCGGUGGCAUAUAAUCAGAAUGUGGAAAACAUUGUAAAGUAUGCGCGUAAUGCGUGUCUACAUUUUGAAACAGCGCACGAAAAUUCAUUUACAGAUCUCGGAAAAUUGUUUGGUCUAACGGGCGAAAUAAUGGUAAGAACUGAAGUGUGUAAUUAUGUCAACAAAAAUUCAGAUACAAGUUUGUUGGAAUUCAUAACAUCGCCAACGUCUCCAGUGACAGUGUUUGUUAGAGAGAGCAUGGUGCAUAUCUGUGAAUUGAUCACGCAAUGCUACAUUACCGUUGAUAAAGACCUGCUCCCUUUCUCGAUGUCUCAUUUUGUCAAUAUUUACAAAGAGUUAUUCAAAGGUCAAGAAAUGGCCCAACUAUGUACUUAUGAUGGACCACUUGAUUACACAAGGAGGCGUUACCUCGUCACGCAAAUAAAACUCAGAUACGACGUUUAUGAUGUCCUGUCGCUGAACAAUAAAACACCAUCUGAGGACAUCCAUGACAUCGUGCGCAAUCUGGAGGGAAAUUUCAUGGACUUGGAAAAAAAAGGAGCAAACGAUUUAGAUAAAAGUUCAUUUGAGUUUGACUUUAAAGACUGGGUCAAUGUCAUUCGUUUAAAUCAAUAUGACAGAGAUGUCGAACUAGAGGAUGUGCUUCAAAGAGUGAACCAAUGGCAUGAAGUUAUGAACACUCCCACUUCAAAAUUCUAUGUUUUUGUUAUGUGUACUUUAUUAACACUUCUAAAGAAGGACACAAACUGUUAUAUUGAGGCAAGGGACAUGCUUGACGAGGUCAAAAAACACAGAAAUUAUUUUCAAAAACCGCAUAAACCAAACGAAUGGCUGGGUAUAAGUUCAGGAAUAAAAUGUUUAAUUCCUGGGUCAUUCUUGAAACCAAAAGGUGAUAGUGGUGUCAAUGAGGUUGACAUUGACAAGGGUCAUGAUCAUGGCGUUCGACCCAAGUAUUUGAAGGGCACUAUUUCUGGGAGGUGCAAACAAUUUUGUGGAACCAUAUGUCUCGAUGUCUGCAAUGGUUCUCAGUUUGAUGUGAGCUUUGUUCCCGUUCGAACAAAAGAAAAGUUAGUGGGGUCAACAUAUGCAAACCAACGAGUAGAGUUUAUCUUGGGAUUCAAUGCAUCCAGUGGUCUCACGGCUUAUAAUGUCAAAAGAUUGGAAACACUGCCUUGUGAAAAAUGCCUGAGGAAGGUUGAGUUUGUAACGGAUCAAAAUUUUGCUACUUGCAAAUGCGGUGAGAACGUGCAAAAACUGAAAACAGAAGAUGUGUUCUACCCUACAUUUGAUUGAAAACGAAAAGAUGAAAGAAAAGAAAGAAAUAAUGACAUGCGAUUUGAUUUUUUGAAAGAUGUGUCGUUAUCUACUUUUCCCAAUAUUUCUCGGAUUUUGCUUUGCACUAAUAGAAUGGUAUUCGUAUGUAUGUCUGUGCAUGUGUUCUUACAUAUUUUGAAGAAACGACACUGAACUCAAUUAAGCAUAGUCUAUUAGUAGAAAAGAUGUAAGUCAUGUAUUUUACUUCUUAUGUUGAGACAUUUUUCAUUUAUAGGUAUUUUGAUAAGUAUUUUAUGCAUUGAUGAUUGCUUUAUUAUUUACUAAUUUAAAUCGAAGCUUAUUCAUGUUGUCAUUACCGACUUUUUUUUUUAUAGAUAUGUGUUACUAUAUACUGAAUUGUGCAUAGGGAAUAUGGAGAAAUAGGACAGAAGCACAAAUUAAAGAAUGAAAAUGUUCUAACUGUUUUUUAAAAUGUCUAUGCUUUUUAAUGCCUUUUAACAAUGUUUAUGCUGUCACAAGUCGGUAAUUGUCAGUGGAAACUUUCUCCAUGUUUUUAUACACCCUUCUUGAAGGCUCUUAUAUUGGUGCAGUAAUGUAUGUAUGUCCGUCCGUGGGGUUUCUGUACUACCCUGUCUUGUUUUCACUGACUGAAUUGAAGUGCCUAUGUAAAAGAUGUUCUCAAUUUUUCCGCGGUUUACCACUUAAUAUAUAUAUAUAUGUAUGUAUACCGUCAUAGUUGUCAAACUGGGGCCUUGACGUUUGCUGACGAUGUGCUAACUGCUUGGAUUUUUUGCGUGGACUGUCACGACCUUUUUUUGAAAAUACGACCUAACAGAGUAACACGUGACCGCACAUAAAUGCACAAUGCAUGUUUAUCGAGAUCAGUUAUGUUUCAUAAACAAGAGCAUAAAAGUGUUCUUUAUAUUUUGUAAAGACAGUUUUUAGUGUUCUCAAUUAAAAAGAUACACGUUAUGGAGUCUGAUUUAUUCAUUUAUACAUACAUGACUCCGCCACUUAAUCUAGCUGGCGGCCACCACUUACCAUCUGGUAUCCGCCACUUAAUUUAUAUGGCGGCUGCCAGUCAUUUAACUGCUCUCUCUAGCUAUCCCUCUGCUUCAAAAUGAAAGAGUUCAACCCCUGUAAUCUCCUCCAAUAAAUUAGUGAUAUGCAUUAUUGUUUAUCGAUUGUGCUGUUAAUUUACAAAGUUAUAUAAAUGUUUAUAUAUUCCGUUAUUUUCACAUGCAAAAUAAGAUAAACAUCGGCGAAUUGGCCCCACUCCACUCUUUUGAUGGUAGUAAUGAAUGGUAAAAUGUAAUAAUGAAUGAACUGAUGAAUUGAAGGACGAACGGAGCCCCCCACUCCAACCCCUAUCCAAUUUAAGAGUAUGAUGAUUGAGCAAAAUAGAAUCUUUUAGGUUCUUUUAUGCUUGUCAACAAUUCAAGACCAUUUCUCCGACUUUCAGUUAAAGUUUCGGACAGACAGACAGUACAAAAACGAUAUUGUUGUGUAAUACAUUUCUGCGCGAUAUUGUUGAUUGACACAUGCGACCUAUUUCAAUUUUUAGAACAAUGGUUUGGAGACUUCAAUAAAAAUGUAACAUAAUCUGUUUGUAUACUUUCUAGAAAUAGAAUUCUCUAGAGGUUUGUUUUAGUACUGUAAAUUUUGUGGUAAGAAUCACUCUGGAGAAUUACACUGGAUAUUACAUUUCUGGGGACCGAACUGGACUUAACGUCCGAUUCGACAGAACUGAACUACAAACAGACCUAAAUUUUCGUGUAAGAGUUCAACUCGGCGGUAAACCAACAACAGACUCUCUUUUGUGAGUUGAGUUUAAUACAAAUUAGUAUUUUUUCAUCAAUUUUGAUGUAUUUUAUAGUAAAUAAAUUCUUUAUUCUUUUCA